UCGGCCUGCUGCGGCUUCUUGGCAGGCCUGAGGAGAGGCCUUCCGGCGGGAGCCAUGGCGCUGGAGACGGUCCCCAAGGACCUGCGGCAUCUGAGGGCUUGUCUGCUCUGCUCCCUGGUCAAGACCAUUGACCAGUUCGAGUACGACGGCUGUGACAACUGCGACUCAUACCUGCAGAUGAAAGGCAAUCGCGAGAUGGUGUACGACUGCACCAGCUCCUCCUUUGACGGGAUCAUUGCAAUGAUGAGCCCCGAAGACAGCUGGGUCUCCAAGUGGCAGCGAGUCAGUAACUUCAAGCCUGGAGUGUAUGCGGUGUCUGUCACUGGCCGUCUGCCUCAAGGCAUCGUGCGGGAGCUGAAGAGCCGGGGCGUGGUGUACAAAUCCAGAGACACGGCCAUCAAGACGUAAGACGCCUCAGGAUCCUUGGUCGCGGCUGCCUCUGCUCUCCUCAUCCUCCGCCUCCCCCACCUCCGGGAUUGGAGCCGGGACUCCUCCCCACACUCGGACUCUGUCCCUGCCUGGUCAGCGGUUGCCCCUGUCUGACUCUUGGGACAUUGACCUUGGGGAACUGUUAGGUGGGGAAUAGUUGCCCCAUCCCCCUAAUGCCAAGGGGCAAAGGGGCCGGAAUAAACCAGUACGAAAACCAGA